AUGUCUCUGCCGCCAAGCAUAGCAGCGCGGGCGCGGAGGUCUGGCAUUUUCAGACACCGCAUUCAUGCGCCGAGCCUGGAAGGCAAGCAUUUGGUAGCUACUCAUCUGGAGAGAGACGAGGUGCGGCACAGAGAGGAUCAUGCCCUCUGGUUCUGCCUGCACCCGCCUCAUGUCCCUCGUUAUGGUCUCUAUCAGAUGCCGGACAGACAGCUGCAUAGGCGUCUGUUUGGGCACACUCUUGGUGUUAAUCGCCGUCUUGAAGCCAUGCGCGAAUUCAGAGACGUGCGCGAGCAGCCGGAUGACAGAGACAUGUUCGAUUGGCGCAUUGACGUCCGUCCCGCGACCCAUCGAGCUGAUGGCUACUGCUCCGAUGCACGCGACGGUGCCCUCUGGGACGAGGAGGUUGGUUCUGUCUCACCAAGCAGCGGAGACGAGAUACAAAGCCAAGUGGACGCAGCAAGCCCUUGCCCCUCUCGGCUGACUCGGCGCCAGCGCCAGAGGCUGAGGGACAAGCGAGCAAAAGCUGCGCGCCACAUGCGCAAGAGACAUGACCUGGGGGUAGAGGAGAUGGCAAGAGAGCUUGGCGACACCCGUGAGCUCACUAGCCUGACCUGCCACCGUACUGAUCAUGGCGAGCUCUCGACGCAAUUUCCCGUUUGGGCUGGUGAGACGCCAACUGACGGACCAUGGCCCUGUCAAACGGCGCAACCGAGACAGAGAGCAAAGAAGAUCCCCUUUGGAUAUCAGCCCGACUAUCGUCGAGGCAAGAUGGACAAGGGAACGAUCACGCGAGUGAGGGGCCUGACGAAGAAGGUCAUGCUCUCCAGUCUGAGGAUUGUCAACUGCGAUGAGCCUGCAGAGGCCAGGAAGUUGAAACUUUCCUUCUGGAGCCUCGCACUCUGGACUUACUCCUUCUUUAUAUCCAUCAUCAUGAGGAUCGCUGAAGGGCUUGGCGGAGACACCAAGUGGCAGAAUACGCAUCAGCCAAAGGCUGGGCGAGACACUGGUGUUGCCCGUAUGCCGAUUGACGCCGGGCCCGAAUAACAAGCCAGAGACCCAUCAGCAGCACGUGCAGGUGGACCUGAUAGUGCAUGCCCGCUGCGCUGCAUCGAGAGUGGUUCGCGCUCACGCACAGCCCCGCCAGGGUGUGAAGACUCUCACGCCCUCAGGGAGGGUGCUGCCUGGCAGCUGGUCCUCCACCUCGAGAGUGUCAGCAUUUGGAAGGAUGGUCAUUGGUGGGUUGGGCCAUCCAGUUGGCGGGGCGGAGAAAGGAGUUUUUUGUCGCGCAGACAUGCCGCUGCCUAUACAUAUAUGUCAUCAUGGUUGGUCCCAUUGUAUCCACGCUUCGUUAUGUUGGCGAUUGGUGCGAUGUUGGCCAUGGCUCAGUGCAGUGGGCCGAGC